GACGUAAUUCUUAGUGCCACGUUCGCAAUCUGCCUAAUUGUUACUUGCUUCUGAAAAGCUUGUCACAAGAAUAUUGCAUUGUCAAAAAUUGCCUAUUGUCAUUUUUUCUAAUACCUCAUAUAUGACAGGCAUUGAGCAUAAGGUUCACAAUAAUUAAUAUGGAUUUAUGUAAAAAAAUAUAGUUAGAAAAAAAAGAAUGACUUUAACUCUGGAGUUAUUCAUCACCUUUAACUGUCUGCGUACUUACACUCAACUAAGUUCUGGAAUUCCUAGUUGAAAUUUGUUCAUUUGAUUUUCAAAUGUUGUAUGACGCUUAAGUUUUGGGAAUUAGUGUGUGUCGUGAUAUAAUAUAUAAAUAUACAUGAAUGUAGUGUAAAUAAAGCUAUGAUGACUUCUUCAUCUUCGGAUAUGAGCCUAAUGGAUCUCCUUAUUGAGAGAGAUAACUCUCUGUUAAAGGGUGAAGUUAAGGAUGAAACGUACAAUGAUGAUAAUAUUGUGAAUGAAGAAUGGAUUUCGACAACCGGCUAUCAAGAUGAUUUUUUGAAUUCAAUUUUAAAUGAUAAUCAAUUCAAUUUUAUGGAUCAUGACACAAUUAGCGGUGAUUUGGAGACAGUACCGUCGUCAUCAUCAGACAGUGGUUUAUCCAGUGCAUUUAGCCUCUCAUGUGAACAACAAUUAAGUCCACAUUUGCCUAUGGAAGAAGAUCAAACAGGAACUAUAAACUCAUGUCUCAACAGUCCACAAAAUAAUGCAGAAUUUGAUUAUUUAGACAGUCCAAAUGAAUCUGUCGAUAGUGUCGAUAGUCCCGACAGAUCUGUUGUCAAUUCUAAUUUUGGUUCUCCAAUAGCUGAAGGUACUGAAGAAAUGGAUUAUCAACAGACAUUUGUUACUAUCGUCAAUCCACAAGUUGUUGAGGAUGCAAAUACUGAGACGAUGGUUGAACAAAAUCCAGUUGUCAAUUUUGAUUCCAAUUUAAAACAACGGACUCAAAUUUCAACAAACGACAAUACUGUCAACUUACGCAAUAUUUCUUGCAAUGGAAAACGUAACAUUAAACAAUUAAUACGCGUCACACCGAUUGGAUCUCGUAAUUCAAGAUCUUUACUUUUGCCAUUAAAUUCGAACGAUAUUAAAGAAGUUCGAACAAUAAAAAUUAUCAAUGCAGUUCAAGCAAGAAAUCUCAAAGGAUUUAAAAUUAAUCAAGGAAAUAUUCUCACAAAGAAUUUGCAAAUAAACUUCAAAAAAGAAGAUUUAAGCAACAGACCAGUCGCAGAAAACAAUGAAAUAACUGAAAGUGUUUCACAAUAUCAGCCAUUGAAAUUAAAUGCUGAGGAGAAACGUUUGCUACAAAAGGAAGGAAUCACAUUACCGACUCAUCAUCCUUUAACAAAAACUGAGGAACGUGAAUUAAAAAGAAUCAGACGUAAGAUUCGUAAUAAGAUUUCAGCUCAGGACUCACGUAAAAGAAAAAAGGAAUAUGUUGAUGGAUUAGAGGAUCGCGUUAAACAGUGUACCGAAGAAAAUUUAACACUCAUAAAGCGCAUUAAAGUUCUUCAAUCACAAAAUCAAAGUUUAGCAGGACAAUUGAAAAGGCUUCAAACACUUAUUCAGAAAGGAAACAAAAGUGCACAGCCUGCUACUUGUCUUAUGGUAUUUUUACUCUCAUUAGCACUUGUUGCUGUACCAAAUUUGCGUCCACAUUCUAAUGAAAACAGCAAUGAACUUGCCCAAGAGCAAAAGCAACAAGAGAAAAUAACACCAUUGGCAGGUCGUUCAAGAAAUUUACUGUACACAAAGCAAAUUAUGGAGAAAGAACUUCAACAAUAUGGAGAGGAAUUGCUCCAAGAAUUUGAGGGUUUAAUGGACCAUGAUUACAGCAACAUUCAAGUGCCAAUGUACAGAAAGGAACAUUAUGAUAAUAAUAAACCAUCGCAAAAAAGCAUAUUAUCUGAUUUGGUUGGAGAUACUUUUGGUUCAGGUAACGAUAUAAAUACAAAACCUACAUUGAAAUAUAUAGAACCUCCAUUGGAUGAUUAUAGACCACCGCCAAAACCUGGAGGAUUAUCGGAAACAAAGAUCGUUAAUAAGCUCGAAGCACUUACAAAUGAGCUUAAAAUUAACAUUUCAGACACUGAAGGUAUUCGAACAGUGUUUGUAAAUGGAUCACAAGUGUAGAAUUAGAAAUGUAUAUUUCAUAAAAUCAGAUUCGAAAUUAUUUUUUUUCAUUUAUAAUUGUCAAAAUUAAAUGUAAUUGCUUUCUCAGGGUUUAUUUUAAUUGAUAUUCUUUUGAAAGUGUUUUACAUUAUAUUGAAUAAUAUUUUUAUGCAAAGUAUAUUUUCAUGCGAAAAGGCAAAUGACUGAGUCAAGGUGGUCAAUAUUUUAGGGAUUUAUUUUUUUUUUUUUUAAACAUUUACUCAGAAUUAAAUUUUACUUCAGAUUCGUAAUCAGCGACUCCAACAAUUUUCAAUUAACGAACAAGUUUCGAAUCUGAUUAAUUUUAAAAAUUAGGUAUAUUAUAUUGAAUCCGCUAUUUUUUCCUGAUAUUUUUGAAAACUGACUUAAGAUUCGUAAUCAGCGACUCUACAAAAAAAAAUCCGAUUUUUAAUCUGAUAGAAUUUUAAAGUUCAUUUUUAAUUUCGUUAUUUUGAAAUAUUUAUAAAUAUUAUGUUUUAAAUGGUUUUAAUUAGAAAUCGUAAGAGAUUUAAAAAUUUUUACCGAAAAAAAUCAUUUAAUGAUUGUGUGUAAAUUUUUAGUGAUUUUUAAAAAUACUACAAAGUAUUUGAAUCAAAAAAAAAAUUCCAUUGUGCUUAUUAAUUUUAUAAUUUGUUACUAGUAAACUCAGCUGUUUGGCUUUUUGUAUUAGAUAACAUAUAUGUUUGGAAACCCUGAAAAAGGAAAUUGUACAAAAGUUUUAUAUAGUAAUAGAGUUCUAAUCAUGUUAAUGAUUGCCUUAUAUGAUUAAUUAGGCAAUUAAGUACUGAUUACUAAAUUACUGAAAUUUAAUUAGUCGUUAGUUAAUUAAUUUAAUUCAUUAAAAAUUCGUAUCUUUAAAAAUAAGUAUAAAUCAAUCUUAUACGACUUUCUACUAACUAGCCGUAAAUAUGUGGAUCAAAAUUUUUCAAGUGAUACCAUCAUUAUUUUUAUAGUCAGUUAAUUCGAGUCUAAAAAUUGCAUGCGCAUUAACAAGAUUAUAUCUUAAAGAAGAUCUAGAAAAAAAUUUAGAUAGUAUCACUUGAAAAAUUUUGAAUCAUAUGCUUCCCAGUUGUUUAAUAUUUAAGUAAUCCGAUAAACGAUUUUUUGAUCUCUAAAAAAAAUGUGCCUCUAAUGUGAAAUUUUUCAAAGAAAUAGUCAAAACGAUUGAUAUAGAAUCAUGUAAACAGCAUAAAAAAAAUUUGUUUUAAUUUUAAGUAAAGAAACUGUAAAACUAUGUGAUUGAUAUGAAAGAAAAUCUUACGGCUUCACAAAUUAUUAUAUGUUAGAUUCAUUUUUCAUGAGAUGAUUGAUCUCAUUCGUACGAGAGAAAUAAAUAAAUAAACCUAUGUAAAUUUUCUGAUAAUGGUAACACAUAAUUGUUACUUAAGGGGUAACAUCAUGUCUAAAAUGCUAUAUUUUUGUAAUUUUUUUUUUC